AUGGACGACGAGCACAUCAACGCCGUCGCCCGCAUAGCCGCCCAGGUCCGCCGCUUCCACGCCAACCGCACCCCAUUCCGCAUCUACCACGGCGCAACCAACAGCACGCGCGCCCUCGCCUUCCAGCGCGAUCGGCUCGUCGACACCAGCGCGCUCAACCGCGUGCUGAGCGUCGACGAGCGGGCGCGCACGGCGCUGGUGGAGCCGAACGUGCCGAUGGAUGCCCUGGUAGCCGCGACGCUGCGCCAUGGCCUGGUGCCCCCCGUCGUCAUGGAGUUUCCGGGCAUCACGGUUGGGGGCGGCUUUGCGGGGAUGGGCGGGGAGAGCAGCUCGUUUCGCUACGGGAUGUUUCAUGAGGCGGUUAGGUGGGUGGAGGUUGUUGUGGGGGAUGGGAGGGUUGUUGGUGCGUCUGCUUCUGGUGCUGCGGACGGGGAUGGGAUGGCAGAGGACCUCUUCCAUGGUCUCGCGGGCUCGAUGGGCUCGCUGGGCAUCACCACGCUGCUCGAGCUGCGUCUCAUCGAGGCGCGGGCCUUCGUCGAGGUUUCCUACCGGCCCGUGUCCAGUGUGCACGAGGCGGUUGAAACGGUGCGGUCCCAGGCCGCCCGCCCGCCGGGCGAGGUUGAUUAUGUCGACGCCAUCCUUUUCAGCGCCGAGAUGGGCGUGGUUGUCUCCGGCCGGCUGACGGAUGCCAUCACCGGCCCUGGCGGACGCAUCCAGCGCUUCUCCCGCGCUCGCGAUCCGUGGUUUUACACCCACGCGCAGGAGCGGGUGUCCCAAUCGUCGCCCUCCGAUCCCGCAGUCCCCAUCAUCGAAACGGUCCCGCUCACGGAUUACCUCUUCCGCUACGACCGCGGCGCCUUCUGGACCGGCUACUACGCGUUCAAAUACUUCCGUGUUCCCUUCACGGCCUUGACACGCUGGCUCCUGGACGGCUUCCUGCAUACCAGAGUCAUGUACCACGCCCUGCACCGCAGCGGGUUCGCGCAGAAGUAUAUCAUCCAAGACUUGGCGUUGCCGCAUGGCGCGGCCGCGGAAGAGUUUUUGGACUUUGUGCAGCGGGAGAGUGGAGUGGGGGAUCGGGUGGGCGGCUGUUUCCCCCUGUGGCUGUGUCCGCUGCGGCUGCGGAGGAGGGGCCGGGGUGCAACAAACUUUGGCUCGAUGCAUCCUAGAUGGGUGCAUUCGCAAGCUUCGCACCCACCCCCGUCCCCAUCGUUGUCGGACGAGGCACCACAACCCGAUGAUAUGCUUCUCAAUGUCGGCCUCUGGUGUCCGGGCCCCCCAACGGCGGACGCCUUCGUCAACGUCAAUCGCGCAAUCGAACAGAAGGUGAGCGCGCUACGGGGGACCAAAUGGCUCUAUGCCCAUACGUAUUACACGGAGGAGGAAUUUUGGGACAUCUAUGAUCGGCAGUGGUAUGAGGGGCUGCGCGAGAAGUACGGGGCUAGCUACUUGCCAGAUGUCUACGAAAGGGUUAGGGUUGGGGUUGGGGUUGGAGAAGACGGGGCCAGGAAUGCUCGGGAGGGAUGGCGCGGUGUAUUGGGCCGUGUUACAGGGUGGGUGUGGGGGAUAUGGCCUCUUGCGGGGGUUUAUGGGGUAAUGAGCACGAUGGUUGGGGGGCGGGGGUAUUUGGUGGAAGGGGAGCGGAGGGGAGGGAAGGUAGCGGUUGCGAUUGGUUUGUUGGUUUUGGUCUGGGCGCGGUGGCUAUGGGAAGCAAAAUCGAAGGAAUAA